AUGGUCAAAUGGAUUUUGGCUUGCAUCUCUUCCCCUAGAUUUUCUAUUUCCCUAAAUGGAUCUCUUCAUGGCUAUUUUGAGGGUAAGAAGGGCUUAAGGCAGGGAGAACCCCUUUCUCCAUAUUUGUUCAUCUUGGGGAUGGAAUACUUAUCAAGGAAAUUGGAGCUUUUAAAGGAAGAUAAAUUGUUCAGAUAUCAUCCUAUGUGUGGUAAGCUCAAAAUAUCCCACCUAAUAUUUGCGGAUGAUCUGCUUCUUUUCGCCAAGGGAGACUUAUAUUCAGUCCAAAAACUUUAUCAUUGUGUGAAGGAUUUUAGUGCUACUACUGGUCUGGAAGCUAACCUGAGCAAAUGCUCAAUUUACUUUGGAGGUGUGAAUGAAAAUACCAAAACAGCAAUUACAAAUAUGCUGGGGUUUUCUGAAGGGACUCUUCCAUUCAAGUAUUUGGGUGUACCUCUCAUCUGUAAGAGGUUAACAUUCAUAGAUUGUAACCCAUUAUUGGAUAAAAUCUCUGGUCAGUUUCAGAAGUGGCUUAGACAUAGUAAUCUAUCAUAUGCAGGAAGGCUUCAAGUGAUCAAAAGUGAGAUAUUAGGUGUUCAAAAUUACUGGACAACCAAUUUUGUUCUUCCUGUCAAAGGUGGGUUGGGAGUUUUCUCUGCUUCUAUUUGGAAUCUAUCUUCAGCAUUAAGGAGCCUAUGGUAUAUACAUGUUAACAAGGAAAGUUUAUGGGUGAAAUGGAUCCAUGGGAAUUAUUUAAAACAUUGGGAUAUAUGGCACGUAAAGUCUAAAAAAGAGAAUUCUUGGAUGUGGAAGCAGCUGAUCAAGUGUAGGGACAGAGCUGUGGCUGCUACUGGAGGGAUUGACAACUUGAAGAAGACUCUCAGUGCUUGCUAUAAAGAUUCUAAAUUGCAGUUAUCUGCAGUUUACUCUGUUUUCUCCCCUGGUUCACACAUUGUUCCUUGGUACAACACAGUAUGGGGAAAGCUGAAUUAUCCGAAGCACACAUUUGUUCUGUGGCUUGCUGUGCAGAACAGAUUACUCACACAGGAUAGGUUGAUGAGAAGAGGAACCAUUAAUUCAAAUAUAUGCCUACUAUGUGCAGGAACUGCCUCUGAAACAAGAAAUCAUUUGUUCUUUGAUUGUCCAUUUUCAAGAGAGGUGUGGUUAGCCAUCAUGGACUGGCUUAGAAUGACUUGGCAAUCUUGUGAAUGGGAAUUGCUCAUGAAUUGGUUUUACACCAGACGAAGGGGGAAUGGAUUCAAAACAAAUGUUAGGAGGUUGGCUCUUGCGGCUACUGUGUACAGAUUGUGGAUAGAAAGGAAUAACAGAUUUUUUCAAAAAGGAGUUACAGGUGCUGCUCAUUUGGUUAAGAAUAUCAAAUUUGAUAUCUUAACUAUUUGCCUAAAUAGUUCUAUCUUAGAUGAAUAUAGGGAUUGGAUAAUAUCCUUGUAA